GGGCUUCUUUUCUCAUAACAGGCAACCUCCAGUGAGCGACCUCUAAAUCGUCGCAUUCUAGGUUGCCGCUUACUGAAACAGUUCGACUGUAGUUUUUUUAACUUACAGAAGACAUGGUCAUUUAGCCACUUGGGACCAAAUACAUGUACGCUCCUUUUUGUAAUUAUUAUUCAUAUAUGCUAAAAAAAGUACUGAAAAUACUAACGAUGGAUCUCACAACCUAGUGAAUGUGUGUGUGUGUUCUUUUUCCGUUGAAGUUAAGUGCGUAAACUCAUUUUUAGUGGGUUACCGGGUUUGUAUCGAUGUGAAUUACUGUAAGGGUUGGCUUGCCUGAUACUCAGUAGUCGCGAAAAACGUGGUCCAGUGGAGGUCAGUGGGAAAGGCCUACGUCCAACGAUGGACAUUAAACGGCUGAAACUGAACUGAACUGAACUGAUGAUAAUCUUACUGGAAGUAUGAUGUCAAGCUGUUUUUGAAAGUGAAACUCAAGUACUUACAUAACAACCAAGACACUUAUCGGGUUACAGUAUGGAGAUCAAGAUCUUUGGUUAUAAUAUAUACAGUUUUCUCAUCUACUCACCCCCAUGCAAGGUAGUUACAAUUUCCUAAAGCCAGUUGCGUAUAACACUUUCUUCAGAUAAGAGGGCAGUAAAGUAUUGUUGAGGAACAAUCAGGAUCUAUUGUCGUGAGGCAAGACUUACGAAUUCUAGACCUCUUAAGAUGCCCUUCUGAUGACACCCAUCUUUUGCUAAGAGCUAGGCUCGUAUAGCACAUACAGCUGUCAAAACACUAAGCAAGGGUUAAUUUGGAUAAAGAGGAUAAAGAGGAGUUUUAUUUAAUGGCAGGAGGCAGGUUCCAGAGGAAUGAGUUUUCGGAAGCCAAACCGAGGCCUGCAGGGCCAAGAAAAUAUUUUCGAAGCCGGGACUCCCUGCAUGUUAUUUCCCCCUAACAUCAAAUAAGUUCGUCCUCUAAUGUUUUUGAUAUGUUUUUUAGAAAAAUAGUCACGCGAUAUAUCACGUGACCUACUAAAAGUUUACCGUAGUUAUUGCAGUAGUUGACGGCGACAAGGUCUUCCUAAUAUGUCAAAUUUUAAUUGGUUGUCUUUGAUGAUGAAAACGUCAUGUAGAAUGAAACUCCCGUUAAUUGGAACAAAUAAUAUUUUCUCUUCCCCCCGGAGGUUCGAAAAGUCUACUUCUAAAUGCACUUCCUGCUAUUUAAGAACUAGGGUAGAUUCAUUUUCAGCAUACUUUUAUAGCCGUCGCAUUUGCCUGAUAGGCGUUUUUAAAUGUUUUUGAACUUAACACUUUCACUGCCAGAGUCCUUGAUGGAGUUUUUUAAGGUGUCCUUAACUUUUGAGUCUGUGGACGAAACACUAUGAUGUGACCAUUCAAAUUAAAGCUCUCUGCCUGUACUUACACAUGGUACUAUUUGUUUUUCAAAAUUUUCAUCAAAUGAAAUUUGGGUAAUUAGUCGAAGUUUGCUUUGGAUUAAUUUGGCAGAGAAAGGGUUAAAAAAGGAAAUAGGUGCACGCAACGACUAUACGCCAGGGCUCCUGCUUUUCGCAUAUGUUGCAAAUGGUGUAAUCCCACCAAGAGAGAGGAAAAGGCAUGGCUUUUAUGAGUUAUACUUAACGUCAGGGAAUUCAAAGUCCUCAUUUGAAUCCGGACAAACUUACAAAUCUGGAUUUCUGAUUCUCGUGUCUUGUUUGCCUUUUCUUUCAACUAGAAUCAUAAUUUGUGGUUAGAUGAUAGACGAUGCUUUUCUGAGACAAUGUAAUUUGGGCAUUCUUGGCAAGUUGAUAUGAUCAUAUUUGAACUUUUAGAGAUUAAAAACAGCUACGUUUAGAAUGAAAAUUGCAUUAGCAUGGACUCAUUGGAGUAGCAGAUUAUAACUCAGUGAAGGGAAAGCGCAGAGAAGUGCAAUUGUUACUCUUUUUUUCAGGUGAUUGAACAACGCCAAUCUUAGAUAUUAUUAUUUCUGGCCAUCGGCCCCCAGUUUACGCGCUGGUGUGGAUGUUCCUGUAAUUUUUCUUGUUUAUCACCUUAUACAAACUUAUUUUCAACUUAUUUUUCACGAUAUCUUUAUAAUCAAAGUUGGACCCUCGUUGAUUGAAAGGGCAUUUAAAAAGGAAAUAACUCCUUUUUCGAAAAUGGCUUUGUUGACAAGCCCUCCCAAUGGACGCCAAUCAUAACGCAAGUCGGGGCUACUGAAUCUCGCAUAGGGGUGCUAAUUUACCUCGGGCUGUUUGCCUUACCGGAAAAAGCCCUACGGCAAACUAAUUACUUCAACAGUGAAACCAUUAAGAAAAGAAAAAAUCUACUGUAUAAAUAUUGGGAUUCGCUGGAUCUUUUAAUGAAAAGUGAAGACGAGAGUUAUUUCGUGCCACUAUCGCGCUGCUCAAGGAAAAUUGGAUGUAACAGAGUUAAGACCUUGAGGAGCUUUCCGUCAUUAGAAAUUGGGAUUGAGAUAGUGUCAUUUAAUACCAGUGUUAUACCAAGCUUUGGAGUACCUAUAUCGUUUCCAAAAGCCUUGGAGAGGUCAACAUGUGUUUACCGUAACUGGUGGCAUAUAAUUUCUGUUCAUCUUUGUUGGACAUAGGCAUCUGUUGUCAAGGUAUGGUGCAAUGGAUCCUACAAACGCAUCGAUAAUAAACAGAACUACGACUGCCACUGUCGCUAGUAUGGACUAUAUAAAAGAACCAUUGGCCUCGAAGUAUUUACGGUUAAUUGUGUACUCUGUUAUCUUCCUACUAACCAUUACUGGAAACGCUUUAGUUCUCGCCGUCGUCUACAAGAUAAGGGAACUUCACACAGGUAAGCUAGUUAUUCUCACCGUUACCUCCUAAUGUCUGGUGAAUUUUUUAUUUCAUGUACGGCUUUCAUUUUUUCCAUCAAUAGCCAAACUUGUUAUCGAAUGAACCACUUCAUAAAGUGUGAAAGUGAUGAAGAGAUCGCACCAAAGGUGUUGUCUUCAUUAACCGCAUAUUUUCAAUCAAUUUUCAUAGUUUAGGGCAAGCAAACGCCUUUAGCUUUUUAGAGAAAACCGAGGGACUCCUGUUUUGUUAUUAAUGUUUAUAAUAUUAGUGACUGAAGGAUAAAUUAAAGGUUAAGUGCUUUUACUAUUGGUUGUUUGGAAUAAUUAACCGAACUGACAAGAACGGGAUCUUACUCGAGAGGUCAGAAUUGUAACUGACUUAAGAUUCGUGAUCCAUAGAAAAUGUUUCUUUCUCUACUGUGCCAUGUCUGGUCAGCUCGUAAGCUGUUUAGUACUUAAACAGGGAAUAUGGCAGGGCAAUCUCUUUAAUAACUUGUCAAAAUACCCACUAAUCAGGUGAAACAUUAUUCAAGGAACGAAUUGAUUGUGGGUUAUCACUCUGAGAUCAGGAAAUAGACUUGUCAAAUCCAUUAAGCUUUUUAAAUGUCUUCUACCCCCGCUGAGGUUUGCCAUUUCUCCUAGUUUUGGCUGUUCAAGGCAACGAGAUUUUUAUAUAAGGGAAAAGAGUACGUGCGAGCAUUUCAUUCUUCCCUGCUGUGUUUACAAUUUUCAAAUUUAUGUCCUGCAACUCAAAAGUUAAAGCUUCUCAGACUCAAGAAGAAGAACGGUGAAUUGAAACCCUUUACAAAAUCGUGUUUCCGUUAGCCUUAUUGUGUUCCGGAGAUUUUCCUUUAUCUAAAUUCCCGAAAAAAUGAAAAUUCCAGCCACUUAAAUGCCUCUCCUUUUUCGCAUUGAAAGAUAGUAAGAUCGUACGAAUACCUUAGUAUUUAUGACCUCGGGUACAAUUUCGCCUAAUUUUCAGCGUUUGUCAUUGUUUUCUUUGGGGUAAUUCACAUACUGAUUUCUGCACGUGAAAUGCUUUCUCAUUUGUGGUUAAAGCUCAAGAACGAAAAGAAGAUGCAGAUAUUUACAAUCAUCUACGAAAACCCUCAUGUCAGCCAAGUUGUCGCACUUACAUAUUCCAGCUUUCACCUACAACUAUGAAUUCGUCGACUGCAUUCGUCUCUUAAAGGACUCGAGUUUAAUAAAUAUAUUAAGUAUUUCUGUUGCGAAUAUGAAAUAACUUUGACUCUAAGGAAACAACCAAUUUUCUGCUACGAUGUGCGGAAUGCUAACCCUCUCUGCUAAAAGCCAACCACAAGGACGUGAAAACAUUUGUUGCAUACUCAGACAAGCGUUUCUUAAACAAAUUUACAAAUUUAAUUCAGUUUGCCAGUUAUUAAUAGACAAUGAACGUGCCUUGCCUAAAACGUGAAUAAAGAAAAGCUUCACGUUUAAACUGAGAACGUGUCGGUAUAACUCGUAGAAAGAAUUUCCUGAAUGUUUCAUUUUUCUAAAAAGUACCUUCAUUUGCGUAAAAUCAGAAUUCCUUGUAUUCCUGAAAACAUUAAUGGCGGCAAAUUAGGCAAUAUGCAAAAUUAAUUACUGAACUAUUACCUAAAAGGUUAUGCACUCUUUGAUCAAGCCGACAGUCAUUUACCGUAAUUCGCGUUUUUUUGUCGCCUGAGGUAAAACAUAAAUCAACUUAGACUGAUGAUUGAUUAAGGUAAUCGUCAGUACAUUUAUAUUUCUUUCUUGGAACGUAACAAAAAUAUUGACUUUUAAUUACCCUGCAGUGAUGAAGGUGUUAAUUAAAUUGUGUAAUUCAUCCGCUCAACUACAGAUACGUCAGCCCUCUUCAAGGGUUGUCCAAUAGCAAUAUUACUGUUGGAGCGUGCUUGGCACGCUUUAUAUGGCCUACAUGACGUGGAAUUUACAAUCCGUAUCAAUCAACCAUACGGACCGUUACGAUCGAUACGAAUCGUACGGAUGAUACUAACCGUAACCAGGACUGCCGUAAUUGGCGCCCUGAUGUAAUAAUGAGAUGUGCUCGCUUCGUAUGUGCUUAGAAUAGGACCUUUAACAAUGCUGAGGGUUUGUACAGAAUGUACUACCUGUCAGCUGCUCUCAACGGUCCAUAACAGUGCGGCAGUAUUGGACAUUGGGCAUGACUGUUCUAUUCCCAAAUAUAUUCCAUCAAGUUAAGUAUUUCCCACAUUUUGAAAUUAAAAUUUGUUAUCACCACACAGUUCGCUUAACAGUAAGUAGCAAAAUACCUUGCAAGCUCACUAGUAAACGGGCCAAGAAAAAAACGAGUUCCAGAGAUUAGAGUACCAAACCCAUAUUCUGCGAGUCCACGGACUAGAAUGCCCUUAGAGACUUUCCCGGGGGAUGACAAAUGCAGGUGAUUUGAACCUCGGUAACUCGAAGUUCAUGAGAACUCUAGCCUGUGUACAGCCACCCCCUUUCCUCAAAAAAUAAUUUUGUUUGAGGGGAGGGGGCGGCUGUACACAGCCUGGAUAACUCGAAGCAAAGUGUAUUUCUCUCAGACUUUCUCCAUACGUUUGCUUUAAUUUUACCCUUAAAUCGAAGGUUCGCAAGCUCAAAAUAAUUUUAUUUUCCUUUAGGUCUUUUUCUUUGUAAUUAUAUCAUCAAGGACUAAACGGUGUUACGAGUGUGAUUAGUGAUUACAUCAAAGUGCAGAAUAAUAGUCAUUUUAGUGCAUGCUGCGCUUCACACCUACUUUACAAAACCAUUCACUCUGUGAAUACCGGUACCCUUUUCUUCUUUAAAAAACUGAUUUCAUGGCGUUUUAAAAGCAUUCUUAUGUAGAAUACACAAGUAUAGUAACUAAAAUAUUGGCUGGUUUUCUAUGAUACCUUUUUUGUGUUUACCCCCUGAUAACUUUAACCUCCGAUACUGGAACUGUCAGCGUUUGUUUGUGAUAUUUUGUGUCUUUGAAUGUUCUAGUUAUUGAAAGUAAGACUUAGAACCAAAGCCCCUUAUACAAACUUGUAGGGAUUAUGCUGCCCUUUAAUGCUAAAAUGUAACAAGCUAAUUGUUUUAAUUAGAACGGAGUAUCAACCUCGUCCCCAGGGCUUUUCCCUUAAAAAAUGGGAAAGGGAAAAGCCCUGGAGACGAGGUUGACGGAGUAUGGGCUCCUGUAACGGUAGGUUAUAAACAGGUCUUUCAGGACUGCUGAGACAGGAACUGACAGUUGAGACUGUAUCUAACUACCAUCUCCGUGCGACUGCCACUUCACAUAUUCACGUCUGUUCUGGCCUCCCCAUAGCCUGUCAGGCGUACUUAAAUUUAGACAUCUGAACUGGAUAAUUUUUAUGUAUUCCCAGACCACCUCCCUAUAACCAACACGAACCCGAAUCCAAGUCUGGUAUUCGCGCUUGUUACCAUUGCGAUCCUGCUAAUGACUAUACUUAUCAGUUUGCCUCGUUCAAUUAUUUUUCUAUUGCAGUUACAGGUUCGCUUAUUGCAAACUUGGCUGUUGCCGACUUGAGUGUAGGUAUCCUGUGCAUUCCCUUCACGGUCCUUUAUUAUGAGUUUACCUAUUGGCCGUUUGGCUUCGCUUUGUGCAAGAUCAUUCCUGCUACGCAGGCUAUAUGCAUCAUGGCGUCCAUUGGAACUUUAACAGCGAUAAGUAUCGGUGAGUUUUAAUUUCAGGUACAGUCUAUCGUCUUGCCUUGCUGAUACCGGCAUAAUAUGACAGACCCCUGCUAACAAGGAAAGCAGCUAAACCCUCAGCAAAAAGUAUCUUCCGAUGUUUGGCUGGUGAAAUAAUUUUAAAUUGCUAUCAAAAAAAAUAAUUUGCUUCAUGUCUCAGCGGUUUCCGCAUUAACUCUUUAAGUCAUACGAGUGACCAACAUUAAUUCUCUGUUAACUUUAUCAAUGCAUCCCCAAGAGAAAUGAUUAAACGAAUUAACGAAAUGAUCACCUAAGGGAAAUACUUUGAUCUUUAAACAAGUUUUCUCACCAAAUUAUUCACCGUAAUAUAUGUAGAUCAGUCUAGAAAUGUUGUAUGUGGAUAUUGGAGCUUACAAUUUAACGAAAGUUGGCUGUGAUCGCUAAGGCCGGAAAAACGUUGAUGAUACAGCUUCGUGAUUCCUUUAGUCGAAGAAACCUUUAACAAUUUUACAUUAGAAAAGUAAUUAAAAAUAUUGGAAUCUGUGAUUUUUUUUUUCAUUUAGAACGUUACAAAGCCAUUGCGUAUCCAUGGGAACCACGCUUCUCAAUUUACCAGGUUCGUUUCGUUAUCGCAAUCGUCUGGCUGAUUGCAAUUCUAGUUGGUCUUCCCUUUUUUGCAGUCAUGCAAUUGAAAGAUAGUGAAGGCGACGUGUUGUGUGUGGAGAAUUGGCCGAUAGAGUUUUUCAAAGACGUAUAUACGUUGCUUUCAUUUUGCCUAACGUACGCCAUCCCUUUGCCGUUGAUAGCUGUGCUGUAUACAACUGUUGUAGCUAAGUUGAAUAAGGCAGCAAGAGAAACGUCGGACAGCGAGGGAUUCAGAACAGCAAAAGCUAAAGGAAAAGUGAUACGAAUGCUGAUCAUGGUUGUGGUGUUCUACUUCUUAUGCUUUUUACCUUACCACUGUACAUUUUUAUGGAUUGAAUUCGGAGGUGGAGAUUCAUACAAGUAAGUGCAAUCUCAAUACCCUCCAUUUUGACAAAGUAGUUUCGCAAGAACCUCGUUCCCAGGGUCCUUUCUCGCCACGGAGGCCGAGUAGGAGAGGACCCUGGGAAGGAGGUUGAAGUCCAUUGUAACAAUAUUUAGACUGAUUACAAAUGCGCUUAUGCCUUUGAGAUGUAAGAAAAGGCUGUUUCACAUAAAUUGGUAGAUUAUUAGUGUCAUUUUAAUAUAGACAUUAAAGAAAAGGGGUCCAAAGAUGAACCCCUGCUGCUCUUUAGAGUAAAGACAUGCUCUUUAGAUGACGGCGAAAUAGUGACUUAAAUAAGGAACACUGUUAUCACUGUACUUGCUUUGAGGUCCGAUUGGUCCAUUUGUAUUAUAUUAUAAUUGGCUGAAAUAAAUAAUACAAAUAGAAUAUACGUACUCACAAGCUGUAAUCUCGUUUCAGGGGCAUAUGGCUACUGCUAUCCUAUUGCCACGUUUUGGUGUAUUCAAACAGUGCAGUAAAUCCUGUCUUGUACGGUUUUCUAAGUAAGCAGUUCCGUAGAGGAUUCGUCCGCCUCGUUCCAUGCUGCCGACUAUGGAGGAAGAAAGCCAAGCUGUCAAGGUCAAUGUUCUUCCAGUCUACUUACAAUGAUCGUACUAAAUAUCAAACCGCUGUCUCUCAAUGCGAGUCAGAUGUUUAG